AUGUCUAUCCCACGCCAAUGCUGUGCCAGUGGCUCCCUACACACCGGAAAACCGACCGGCGAAAUAUCCAAACUCCACGGCUUCGACGUCUACAUCGCCUCUCCUGCCUCGAACAAUCCUAAAGGCAUCGUCGUCAUCCUACCUGACAUCUUCGGCUGGACUCUCCCAAACACUCGCAUCCUCGCCGACAGCUUCGCCGAAAAAGGAGACUUCUUGGUCAUGCUCCCAGAUCUCAUGAACGGCAAUGUGUUUCCGCAGGACUUGAUCAUCAGCAUAAAAGCGCUCGAUGCUACUGGUCCCUUCGCUUGGUUGAUCAAAGGAUACCACUUUCUCAAGCUCGUCUGGCGCGGGUGGCCUUUUCUGAAGAACGACAAGGCUCAUCUUGUUCGCCCCAGAGUCAUCAGCUUCUUCCGUGGUCUUGCAUCUUCACACCCUGGACUACCUGUAGCAACGGCAGGCUAUUGCUGGGGAGGUCAAUGGGUCGUGGAGCUGUGCAAGAACAGCGAAGAUCAGAGAAACGAGGAUGGGAAGCCUUUGGUUGUCUGCGGUUUCACAGCCCACCCAUCUCGCUUGAAGAUUCCUACCGACUUCGAGGAAGUCCAGAUGCCUCUCUCUGUUGCGGCAGCAGGUAUAGAUCAGCAGAUCCCUGUCGCGAAGGCCAAGCAGAUUGAAGGCAUCCUGAAAGCCAAGACAGCAAAGACGAAGGAUGAUGGUGUUGAGCAUGAGUUUAAGAUGUAUGAAGGGGUGCACCACGGAUUUGCCGUCAGAGCAGGCGAGAACGAAGGACAUGAGAAGGAGUGCGGGAAGAAGGCCGAGGAGCAAGCUGUACAAUGGUUCACAAAGUGGUUCGAACAGUCGCGAUGA